AUGUCUGUCGACAUUGAGCCCGCCGAGCUGAGCUUCCGCCGGCCUUUUACCGUCGAAGUCGCUCAGAUCCUCCGGAUCAAGAACCCGAACCAGACCCCCAUCGCCUUCAAGGCCAUGAAGCAGGAGCCGCCUCUCGACACCAAAUGCCGCGACAAGUUCCUCGUCCAGUCCGUCCCCAUCACUGCCGACAAGGAGUUCGCGAGUAUUGCCAACAUUGUGAGAACAGACCCCAUAACAAGGUCCGAAAACGUGGCGCAUAGGCUAAUCAAGUCCGGUCAACAGCUCGACCAGACUGACAAGUCUUCCGUGAUUGAGAGGAAGAUUCGCGUCAACUGGCUUGCCGCCGAGGACCAGUCGCCCAACGCAUCUGGUGCCUCCGCUGUUGCCUCUACCCCAAACCGGCACUCCGUUGCUAACGGCGACUACACUCCUGAUGUCUCGAACGUCUACUCAUCCCCCGGCCAAGAAGCAGAUGGCUCUGGUAGCCCCAGUGGUUCGGCUGCCCGCCCCUCGACUUCCGAUGUAAAGGAUGACACCGUUUCCGAGAAGGCCCAGUCAACAGUCAGCGCCGCGAGUCACGUUGUCGCCAACACCGCCCAGGCCACCUACGACGAGCUGAAGCAGAAGCUUUCCCAAGCCGAGGCCAAGAUCGCCAGUAUGCAAGAUACCAGCGGUCUGCGCCAACGCGUCAAGACGGAGAGCGAGAAGCUUCCCAGCGCCCAACAAGCUGCUGCGGCGGUAAGGCAGGGUGUUGACGGCGUCUCGGUACAGAUGGUUGCUAUUCUGUGCCUUCUCAGCUUCCUGCUUGCAUACUUCUUCUUUUGA